CAACACCACACACACACAUAGCUACCGGUUGGCACGACGGCCGUCCAAUCGAUUGCCGAUCCUCGCAGUGUGGAAAAAAUGUUGCCAAAAAAGCACGGCUGGGUGAUUGGAGUGCGAGCGACGAUCCGGUACCUUACCACGAAAAGUGCCCCCAAGCCGGAGCUCAAGUACACCAGCACGGUCAAUCUGCCGAAAACCAAGUUCCCCGCCCGGCUGAGUGCGGAAAAACGGGCCCAGGUCGAGGAACAGCUACGCAAGAGCUGCCUGAGCGAACUGUACCACUGGAACAGGAGCGCGCUGCCGGCGGACAGUGAGUUCAUCCUGCACGAUGGUCCACCGUACGCGAACGGCGAUCUGCAUAUGGGCCAUGCGGUCAACAAAAUCCUGAAGGAUCUCAUACUGAAGCACAAAAUCAUUGGCGGCACGCGGGUACACUACGUGCCCGGCUGGGACUGUCACGGGUUGCCGAUCGAGCUGAAAGCGCUGGAAGCGUUCAAUCGGAAAAAUGCCAAACGAGCGGGUCCAACCGGUCAAACGGCACGCGAAAUCCGCCACACGGCGAGACAGUUUGCGGUAGAAACGAUCGCCAAGCAGAAGGCGGGGUUCGAAUCCUGGGGAGUGACCGGCGCUUGGCACGAUGCCGAGGGUUGCUAUCGAUCGCUCGACCCUGCCUACAUUAGUGCCCAGUUGCAGCUGUUUUACGAGCUGUAUGAGCGGAAACUGAUCUAUCGCGAUCUGAAACCCGUCUACUGGUCACCCUCGUCCCAGUCUGCGUUGGCCGAGGCGGAACUGGAGUACGACGAGGCGCACCAGAGCCCUUCGCUGUACCUAAAGCUAGCGUUGGAGAAUGGAGGUGCCGACUGUGCAGCGCUUCGCAACCAUCGUCCGGAGGGGGGUGAGAUAUACGCCGCCAUCUGGACGACCACUCCAUGGACACUGCCCGCUAAUCAGGCCGUGUGCUACAAUCCCGCGCUCGAUUACUGCUUAGUACGCUCCGCAGCCGCCGGUGAGCUGCUGCUAGUGGGGAAGGAUCUCAUCGACUAUCUAGCCACGCAGCUGGAAACUGCACUGACGGUGCUGCAAACCAUACCCGGCCGGGAGCUGCACACUCUGAAGUAUCACCAUCCGCUAAACCACCAGACGGUGUUGCCAUUUUUACCGGCCGCCCACGUGAAGGCAGAAAAGGGUACCGGACUGGUGCACACAGCCCCGGCCCACGGGCCGGAAGACUUUCUCGUGUGCUUGGAGCGCAAGAUAGCGAUUGAGAAUUUGAUCGAUGAGCGGGGCCGGUACACAGACAGGGCGCCUCCAUUCCUGCACGGGAAGUAUGCCCUCACGGAGGGCAACCAGCUGGUGACGGAGGUACUCGCCAGCUCGACGCUCAAACUAACCACCCUCGUGCAUUCGUACCCGAUCGAUUGGCGCACGAAGCAACCGGUCAUGCUGCGAGCCAGCGAUCAGUGGUUCAUCGAUACCGACAGCCUGAAGCAGCGAGCGCUGGAGGAAAUCAAAUCGGUCGACAUCUAUCCGCGCACGUCGUCCGACGUGAGCAAGAAGGUGAUCGAAGGUCAGCUGCGCAAACGGCCGUACUGGUGCAUUUCGCGCCAGCGUGCCUGGGGCGUACCGAUUCCCGCGCUGUACGACACGGUGACGAAGCAACCGAUCGUUAGCGGACCGCUGAUUGCCGCCAUCGAUGCACGGCUGCGGAAGGAAGGGAGCGUAGACUUCUGGUGGACGGCACCGGUGGAGGAGUUGGUACCGGCGGCAGUGCUGCGGGAGCUCGGUCUCACCCACGACCGGGUGGCGAAGGGCAAGGACAUUCUCGACAUCUGGUUCGAUUCGGGCGUUUCGUGGCUGACCGUGUUGGGGAAGGAGCGCGUCGCCGACCUGUACCUGGAGGGUGUGGAUCAGUUUACCGGCUGGUUCCAGUCGUCCCUGCUGACCAGUGUGGCGGCCCGCGGCAAGGCGCCGUACCGGGCCAUCUUUGUGCACGGCUUUGCGGUGGACGAGCACGGCAUGAAGAUGUCGAAAUCGCUCGGCAAUGUGAUCUGUCCGCAGCAGAUCGCAAAGCAGUACGGUUGCGAUGCGCUACGGUGGUGGGUGUGUGCGCACGCCAUACAGAACACCUCGAUUCCGGUCAGCCACAAGCUGCUCGGCUCGUCGGCGGAGAGCGUGCAGAAGCUGCGUGGCAUUUUAAAGUUUCUGCUCGGCGUGGUGGCGCCCCGCGGUCCGGAGGAAGGCAAGCCAUCGCCUGCCAUUGUGCUCGAUCAGUCACAGCACAUCGAUCGAUACUUUCUGCACGAGCUGGAAGGCUUCCAUCGCCAAGCGUUCGGCCUGUACGACUCGUACCAGCACAACAGGGCGACGGCGGUCAUACUUAACUUCUGCCUGUCGACACUGUCCGGGCUGUAUCUGCACGUGAUCAAGGACCGGCUGUACUGUGGGUCGCCCGAGCAGCAUAGCCAUUUGAGGGCGAUCCUCGACCACACCUAUCGCACGCUGGCACAAGUGCUGUGGCCGAUCGUACCGUUCCUGGUCGAAGAGAGCUGGACAUUUUAUGAGCAAGAUUAUUUCUACAAAUCCAAGCCACACACGCGGCAAAGUGUUUGUUGGAAUGGAGGCGAUGCGGCGGCAUCGGUGCACGCUGUUCAGUGUGCUCUCGCACUACGUCACGCCGUCUAUCAGCAGGCACAGCUGAACGUGAACACCUGGCUGCUGGAAGUGGCCGUUGAGUGCAACGAUAACGAUCUGGCUCUCCUAUCGAUGCUACAUCCCGUCCCGAGCGCACACGACCACUCGACGGAACUCUGCGAGCUGCUACAGGUUGGAUCCGUCGCGCUGCGUAAAGGAGCGCCGAAGCAGGCUGGUCCUGAAGGAACUCGGUUCACUGUCACCGUCACCAAGUCCGACAAAACGCUUUGCCCGCGCUGCCGGCGAUUCUUGGUGUCGGAAGCGCAACCGAUCUGCGAACGAUGCAGUACAGUGUUAGGACGACAGUAGCUCUCGGGCGGCUUUCGGAUGCCUGCAAUUGUGGGGCUCCAGUCCAGCAAACGGCGGGAAUGAUUUUAAGUUGUUGUAAAUGAUUGUUGCUGAUAAAUGGGUGAAAGGCAAACCGAAGUGGCUGUGUUGUGUACGGUGCAAUGCUU